GCAGAAAAUGGCGUCCGUAAAGCCUGAGAACCGCGGUGGUGUGUUAGCCGUUUAAUUUGGGGGUCUCUGCGUCCGGCAGGUGGACGUUAACAUGGCAGAGCACCGCUGCCGUCCGCUCUCUUGAUUCCGGAACAGAACCCGCAACUUCAUGUCCGAAGGAGCCAGAGCUGCCUGGUCGAAGAGGGGUUGUGGGGAUCAGCACCGCCGAGGUGAGACGGCUGGAUUUCAGCGGCUAAGCUAGACCUGAUCCCGGUGGAGAGCAGAGCCGGAUUCCCGGAGCUCAGAAUCGUGACAGUUUAUUUUAGCAGCUAAGAAACACACAGCAGAGUAAAACAACAGCUUUUAUCACAUUUAUUCAGUAUCUAUUAUAUCAUUAAAUCGCUGCCUGACCUGAUGGUGUCCGUCCCCGGGCUGCAGACCGUUAGAGGAGCCUUUGUUUUGGGCUUUGAUCCCAGGGUUAGAGACCUCUGUUCUGGUCUCUGCUCCGAUUUUAUAAAAGUACAGGGACAGGAACAACCUCUCUGUCAAAGAAAAGAAAUUAUGGUUCAAAAGUUCAAUUAAGAAAGGGUUUCACUCUUUUGUAUUUGGCGGUCAGUUAUUUCUUCAGAACUUCAUCUGACUGUUGCCGAUAUCCGAUAUACCGAUAUUUUCGAACUCACUUUGACACUACGAUAUAAACACUUCUUUUUUAAUGUUCUAAACUUGAUGUUUUCCUUUGUUAUUUUCCUGUCACUCUUGCUGUCACAGUUUUUUUGUAACAGGAACAGAAACAACAACACAAACAUCCGAUCUUACUGACGAUAUGUUAAAGUUCAUUGGUUUGUAGGCUAAAUACACGCUCUGUAUCAGUGGCAUGGAUGUUAUAAUUCAUUAUCAGCAAUGUCAACUUAAACCUCAACUUUAUUUUCUCUGAGGUGGAGUUUGAUUUGCGUCGGAUGUCUGGAGUAUAAAAAUGUGACCCAUCAAAGUAUACAAACUAGAAUCUAAAAUAAUUUAAGGACAAUCAAAGCAAGAUAAAAAGGUAAAAGAGAUGUUUCCCUUUAAAUCUUUAAAUACUUUUAUCAGAGCUGAGAGGAUAUGCUUUUCCCCCGAUUCCAUUCUUCUACGAUUUUUUGGAUGCUGAUUCGAUUUGAAUUGCGAUUCUACGAUAUGUCGAUUUUCUCGGAUUUUGGUCACCAAUGAAACAGUUGAAUGAUUAUGAUUGUCUACUGACUAUUUCAGGAACCAUUAAACAUCACAUGUAGGUCAGUUUUUAAGAUUUAUUCUUACAUUUGAAAGAAAAAAUCGAUUUAAAAAUUGUAAAACAAAAAAUUGCGAUACUUGUGUGAAUCGAUUUUUUUCUCCCACCCCUAACUUUUAUCAGGGAGCAGUUUAAACUAAGUUUACUUUGAAGGGAAGAGUAAAGGGUACAUAAGUGAGAACAUAACUCCCAUAAUGAGUCACUUAAGCGUGAAGUGAUUUGAUUUGUCUGAACAAUACGUUAGCCGGGCUGCAGCCUGUGAAGUGACUGUGAACCUCUGCGGGGGCUGAGCCUGUCGUCAGGUGUGCUGUGCUGCAGAGACGGUCUCAGAACGGACGCUGCUGCAACCUGCUGUUGUUUUUCCUUUCAGCACAGAGGCGAGCCGGGGUCAGGCCAGUCAGAGGGCGAGAGUUCCUGAAACAAAAGUGCACAGAGAUUUACACAGAAUUACAAAGCUUAAAUAAUGGUCUUUACCCCAGAAAGUAUUAGUUUUUCUGAGAUACUCCUCACCUCUUGCCAUUUUAGUUUUUUAGUUCGGGAAUAAAUCUCAAAUAAUCUGGGGUCAUUAGUUUCAGCUGAAUCAGGGAAACACAAGUGUGGUCGUGUUUUUGAAAAGUUGUCUUGAGCUUUUAUAUCUGCUGAAAUGCAUUUUUCUCACUUUUUUGCCUUAAAUUCUCAGACUGAAUGAUUAAUCUGUGACUUGAGUAAAUAAUUAGCAGGUAAAUCAGACGUCUGUGUUUAGAAACCCUAUUCUUUGAGGAUGGUGGUAUGUGUAGUUAUUGCCUCCUUCACUGUUGUGUUGCUUCUGAUGCUAAAUAAAUCAGGGUUACUACAGCAUUUAUGACAUGUAAACACCUGAAUAUUUCAUGUAACGUGAUGGUUUCCUUGUGUUUUUCUCCUCCUCCUUCAGUGUUUUAACUGCUCACUUCCUUGUCUCCUCUGCUAGAACCAGGGAAACACAAACACAGGAAAUGCGAGCGGCCCCUUAGCGCUCAGCUGUCAAAGCCUGUGAUUGUUCGCCCGGGCUCCACAAGGUAAUAUUUUUCACUCAGUAGCGCUGCAUGGUUCCUUAUAACCUGAGGAAACUGUCACUGUUAACUCAGCAUCCAUUUUACACAUAAUCCAUCUGGUUUCCUGAUCCCUGUCCGUUUCAUACAUUUAGAAUCUGUGUUUUGGGGCCGCAGGGGUUUUAGGCUAGAGACCCUCUGAGGUCGCUCAUUUUGAGGAUGUUUGAAUGAAGAUUUUAGACUCACUGACUCGUCACUAAGACUUACAGAGUCUGCAGGUAAACAAUGUCGCAGAAGUUUGCAAAGUUAGACCACCAGCCUUCACUCCACAUGCCUGUUCUGGUUAGAUUGCGCUGGUCAACCGCUUUUAUCUAGACACAGCCUCCAGUUUACAGAUCCAAAUAUUGACUAAAGACGCCAUCCGUUUUGUGUGCUUGUUUACAUCCGUGUAGUUUAGCUCAUUGGCUGCAACUAUUUAUGCAGCAGCCUCGUCCAGAGGGUGGGUGGCUGCACAAUACACCUGUAUGACUCACAUUUCAGGCCUAUAAUAAUAAUAAUAAUAAUAAUAAUCAUAUUAAUAAUAAAAACUAGGAGUGAUGACAUAUUAGAGGUGGGGUAGUCAGGAUCUGAUGAAGUUCCAGUUUUUAGGAGAAAUCUUGAAUGUAAACUCGACCCCUCCCAACCAGUUUUCCCCUCAGCUCCUCCCCUCCCUCUCUGCUCCAGAAAGCCCCGCCCACAAACAGACGCUCCUGCUCGCUCGUAUCGUUCCAACAAAUUAAGAUAUAAUGCAGAUAAAUCCUUCAGAUCAUUACAAAUGGGGCCCAGUCAAGGUGAAAGUCAAAAGCAUUGGUGCUACUGUAGAUGCCAACAGACUACCAGCAAACACAAUGUUUGCAGGACUUCUACAACGAGGAUAAAGUGACAUAGUCCAGGACCCGAGGGAGGACAGUUUAGCGAUGGCGCUACAACACGCUACAGCAGGUCCGUUUGACAAGAAACACUUCUGUUACAGACACUUGUCUUACUUUGUUAAAGCGGUUUACCUGUCCAGCAGAAAGGUUACAGGGUCACCAAGAUCCCCAAGCGUCCCCCAUCGUUUAUGUUGACCCGGCUUUUUAGCUCUUGUCCGGUCUACCUCCGUUUUAAGCGCCCGUUAUUCCUCCAGAGUCUCCGGUAUUUACUUUGUUUUCUUGCUUGUGUCGGCAGUUGUGGCCAAAAGAGGAUUCAGACAAAUUUUCCGAACUUUCUGGUUGGUUUCUACUGUCCGAUAUUGUAGCACGCUAACUUUGUUUGGAUUCCUGAACGACACGGGGAGAAGUGUCUGCCUCACAACCAAUCAGGUUGGGGGAGGCGGAGAACGGCUUUGUUUACAGUCAGAAAGAGCGGACCACUCAAAUUUUUUUUAAUGUUGACUACACAGACAUAACAAUACACAGCGAUAUCGUUAUAUUAUCAAAUGUCAUCAAUAACUUACAGCUAUUGACUGAAAUUAAAAGCUUUUCUGUACACAACCACAAAAAAGAUGCUUCUUUAAUGGAUUCCCGCCUACCCAACCUUUUAAAGGACUUAUCAAAUCUAAACCAGCUACUUGAUUAUUAAAGUCAAGGUAUCGCCCAGUGUAUUUGUCUUUCUCAUAAAUGAGUAAAACAUCUGCUGAAACAUGUGACUGGUGUAGAUAAUAAUCAUGUAAAUAAGUUUUUAACGUUUUUAAAACUCUUUGUAGCUUUUCUCAAAGUUUGACCGCUGAUGUUUCUGUAUUUCAUCAUGUUCAUCAUAUCAGGCUCUCCAAAUCUCACUGAUUAACUUCCCUGCAGUCUCAUUACUCUGGUAAAAAGGUGCAAUCGAGUGAAAUAAUCUUUUAAUCCAAACGCCAUUAAAACCUUCAUUUCAUAUCAUCCAUGCUAAUAAACAGACUGUCAUAAGUUCCUCCUGAAUCAUUGACAGCAGAGAGACGUCACGCUCACAUUCAGGCCAAAAGUAUGUGGACACCCUGGUCUUCUCUCUGUGGGCGUACAGCUGAGGCGUCCACAUACUUUUGUCAGUGUUUGACGAUGAUGAACCUGCUCAGAUGUUGUUUGUUUGGCUGUUUUCUGAUGAUGAUGAUGAUGAUGAUGAUGAUGAUGAUGAUGAUGAUGACAGUUUGCUCCUGCAGACCUUCAUGCUUUAAUGUGGCCGUUGUGUUGGCUUUGUCGUCCAGGUGAUUGACGCUCAGAAAAGGGACAUUGUUAGCAUCUACAGGACACAAGGGGCACUGUCCUCUGAUUGGCUCGGACAACCCCCUCUGACAUGCCCGUGGCCAAUCAGAGGUGAGUGUGCUGUGCGUGUGUUUCAUUUGCAUUGUUUGUGAGAGUCUGUGAGUGUAAAGGUGUGUGUGUGUGUUUGUUUCAGUCGUCUUGUACUGAGUGUGGGUGUAAUUACAAACGUGUGUGUUUUUGUGUGGUUGCUCUCUGUUUCUCUGUUUUGUUUGUGUGCACAUGACGGCGUGUUUCCACCCUGAAGAAAGUGGAUGAACAUGCCGGAUGCUUUUUUAUUCUUUCUUUCUGUCUCUUUAUUUCGCGUGCCACCCUCACUGUGUUGUUGCAGUGGAGCAGAAUAUUUCCCCUGUGGGGUCCGAGCAGAAACACACACAUUUGUCUGUGAAAGAGUUACUGCCUGUUCGGAUGCAGCAGCUGAAAUGCUGAGCUUUUAAUGCUGAGCGUCCUCGUGAAUGCCCUUCCAGGCCCAGUCUUACCUUUUUGCAGCAGUGCUCACGAACACAACCCUGACUGUGGAGAGACUUGCAGUUGUGUGCUUGCUGGAGUCAUUUUUAAAAUAUCUGUUGGCUUCGUUUCAUCCUUGUUUUAUGUUUGCAUUACACAGCUGUAGCCGACUCCAUCGAUGCCACUUUUAAUGCUCUGUGAUUUUCACACCGCUCUCUCUCCACCCCCACCUGCUCCUGUGCUCUGCUGUCCUUCAUGCCUCCAGGUGUGUUAUGUCGGGGGCAGAUGUGGAGGUGUACCUGUCCCAGGUGCACGAUGGGAGUGUGUCAUCGGGUUUCCGGGCGCUUUACGAGGAGCGUCUGCUGCUGGAUGUCACACUGUUGAUAGAGGAGCACCACUUCCAGGUACACGGAUUAAACAGAUGUUACUUUAAAUUCGUGUAUUCUUCAUCCUGGAGUGUAAUCCUGCUUUUCACGGCUGUCAACGGAUGCAGCUUUUAAAAAUUCCCUGGAUGUUCAGCCACUUGAAGUCAAGGAUGCUUUGCAGACUGGAGUAAUACAAGAAAACCAUCCUGAUUCCUAAUAAAAGAGGUCUCCUUCUUCACGUCCUCCAAACAGAAAAAUACCAGAGUGUUUUUGUAAAUCUAAACCCACUCGUUAUAGUUUCUUUCCAAGAUGAACUUCAACUGUCUUCCUCUAAAGAAUGAACAGACCCAGUUCUCAAUAACGGUCCAAAAACACCCUGAUUUCAUUCAGUCUUGUUUCUGCAGACAAAUUAGGGGCUGUGCACUGAGCUGCUCCUGGCUUCUUUUAUAGAAACUCAAUUCGUUUUCAGAAAUUCCUCAGUGUAAGAGAGUUAUAAGGCAAAACACCCGCAGUAAUCCACCUUCAGUUUACAAAAACAAACAGAAAAUCGAGCAGAGACACAGAGAGAAGACUUGAAGGGAUAUAAAAUUAAUUUAGGGUCAAACCCACCGUAACACCGAGUUAGACACCCCGUCAAGAGAUGAAUGUUGACGACCUCUUACUUCUCUAGUUAUACCAACUUUAGUAACGACCACAGGAUAGUAAUACAGAGAGACACGCCCCCAACCAAAACGCCACUCUAUAGCCACAAAUAAUGUUCAGAACAGCACCUAACUUCAUCAACAGGACAUAUAGGGUCACAGCCACCAAACAUCUUUUUAACUUUGUUUAAGAGACCAAACACAACUCACCUACUCUCUCCCUAACUUAAUUUUAGGCCCGAAUAUCCCUUUAAACAGGCGAUCAGCGGUCUGCUAAAAAUCUGUGUCUCUCUGAUGAUCUUUGGUUGGACUUUGGGGGCUGUGAGCCGAGCUGCAACAAGCUUUAUCUCACUAGUUGAGUACAACGUCUAAUCAGAUUAGAACCCGUUUGGACAUGGCUUGAAAUGCUCAGAUAUCGAAAUAUCAGAAAAAAACCCUCAAACAUCCGUCAGUUUGACUUCCUGUCGUUGAAGAAACAUCAUGUCUGUCUGAUGUGUCCUCCUCCUUCAGGCCCACAAGGCGCUUCUGGCCACCCAGAGCGACUACUUCCGGGUCAUGUUCACGGCUGACAUGAGGGAGAGGGACCAGGACAAGAUCCACAUGAAGGGGCUGACAGCUGCUGGUUUCGGCCACAUCCUCCGGUUCAUGUACUACGGCUCUCUGGAGCUCAGCAUGCCCACAGUGCAAGAGAUCCUCCAGGUAAACACCCAAACCCUCGGACUUCCUUUUGUUCGAACAGAGCUGUGCUUCUAUUUUAAACCGCGCUGAUGAAGAACUGACAAAGCAGAGACUUUUUUACAGUUUCACUACCGCGCACACUCCCACACUUGAUUCCUCCAUGCUUUCUGUCCCUGCAGGCGGCCAUGUAUGUCCAGCUGACGGAGGCGGUGGAGUUCUGCUGCUCCUUUCUGCUGGCGAAGAUCUGCUUGGAGAACUGUGCCGAGGUCAUGCGCCUCCUGGAGGACUUCAGCGUGGGCGUGGAAGGCGUCCAGGAGCAGCUCGACAACUUCCUACUCGACAACUUUGUCCCCCUGAUGAGCCGACCCGACUUUUUGUCCUACCUCAGCCUGGAGCGACUGCAGGUAUGAUCCUCCUUCACAGAAAUCCGCUCAGAAAAGUUCUCGUCUUUGGAAGGAAGGGGCGGUUGUUGUUGUUGUUGUUGUGAGUGUCUGAAAACAUCACAGAAAGGAUCCCCUCAAAGUGAGAGCGUCUCACACUUUUUAAAAAAGCAAAAACAGUCGUUACGUAACUCUCCAGACUCCACUGACAAAAACAGGAAUUCUGCCUCGGAGAACACGGGAUUGGCUCGUCUUUCGUUUGAGCGGUCGUUCCUGUUUCUGUGUGGGCUUUUGGGAGCUCAGAAACUUGUACAAAUCAGGUCAAGAACAGGACAAACAGACAUUUUUGGGUCCUGUUCUUUUUCUGUUAUAUUUGAUCCCCUUGGGAAAAAUCAUCCGCAGAUUUUCUGAUGUUUCCUUCCACAUUUUUGCUGAUGAUAUUCAGUUGUACUGUUCUUUCAAGCCUACUGAGCUCCAGAGGCUAAACUCCUCAGUCCACUGCUUGGCAGAGAUUAAAAAAUGGCUAAGUGAUAACACCUCGCAGCUAAAUGUGGACAAAACAGAAACACUGAUUAUUGCCCCUGAUGACUCCAUUCCAGGGAUUAGUCAGUACUUAGGCGACUUGGGCCGGUCUGUUAAACCGAGCCUAGGAAACCUGGGUGCUGUUUUCGACGAAGACAUGUCAUUAAUGCAACACUGUAAUCAGCUGACCAAAAAUGGCUUUUUUCAACUUAGGAACAUCUCCAAACUUAGAAAGAUGGUGUCACAUAAUGAUUUGGAACUGAUCAUUCAUGCAUUUGUGUCUUCACGUUUAGACUAUUGCAACAGUUUGUUUUCCUGUAUGAACAAACAGGAGCUGUCUCGCCUGCAGUUAGUACAAAAGUCUGCAGCAAGAAUUCUGACCCACUCCAAUAGGAGGUCGCACAUAUCCCCGAUUCUUACAACCCUUCAUUGGCUGCCUGUUUCUUUAAGGAUAAAUUUUAAAAUUCUGGUUCUAACUUUCAGAGCCUUGCAUGGUCAGGCUCUAGCUUACAUCAAUGACCUGAUCCAGCCUUACACCCCAGCCCGGGUUCUGAGGUCUGUGGGUCAGAAUCUUCUGAUGGUGCCUCACACUCAUUUCAGGACCAGAGGAGACCGAUCCUUCCAGGCUGUUGCUCCCAAGCUCUGGAACGAUCUUCCGCCUGCUCUGCGUUCGAUGGAGUCUGUUGACUAAAGACUUUUCUUUUUGUUCAGGCUUUUCCCUAACUGUCUUGGUGCUGCUAUGGUUGCUAUAAUGUUGUUUUGGCCUUUUAAAUUUUAGCUUUGUAUGUACUUAUUAACUGUGUAUUGUUUUUGCUUUUUGCUUUUACUGUAAAGCGCUUUGUGACCUUGGUCUGUGAAAGGCGCUGUAUAAAUAAAGUUUACUUACUUAAGUUUACAUACUUUACAUCUUACAGGGGGGACAAAAGACCCCCUAAAACUCAGGAGCUGCUUGUCCUCCACUGCCUGAAUUAUGAGUUUGGUGGCCUUAAAGAGAGCGUAGUAGAUGAUGUCUACUUAGAAAGAAAUCUGUCUCUGAAGGAAAACUCUCUGCAGAGUUGGUUUUGAGUCAUUUAAACGUCAUCAUCCGCUGGACUCAGCACCAGAAUUACCCGUCAGUUAAUCAUAUAUUAAUAUUUCUACUUCUACAGGCCUGAAAUGGAAAUCAGAUUGUGUCUAAGCUUCGACUUUCCACUUGUAGCUCAGUGUCGAGUUAAAUUUCCCCUUUUUCCGGCAUCAUUGCCUGCCCCAACUCGCUCAAGGCCUGGAGAUCAACAGAGGACACUGUGGACAACUCAGGCCCAGACUAAAUGUGUCUGUCCACACGUGUUAGUUCUCAAAAAUAUCUGCGUCCACACGUAGCCUUCAAACUCAAUCCUAUCUGGUGCCGCUUAAAAAAAAUUCAGGAACAAAGCUACCUGAUUGGCCGAUGAAUCGUAACAGCGUGAUGCGUCAUGCAUUGUUUGUUUGUCAUGCAUGUGACCAAUAAAAGUAUUGGGCGCAGCAGACGCCUCUGUGGGCUGCUGACUGGUGUUUGUAAUUGUAUAAAACAAGGUUCACUGUCAAGGCUGAAAUUAGUCCCAAAAGGGCAAAACAAGCGUAACGAAUACCCUGUCUGUCUGCCAUCGUUGUUGUUUUUCUUUUUAAUUCACAUGUGCGAGCUGCGGUUUGACGUCACCGAGCCGUAAAAGUUCAACCACAUGAAUCCACUUAUACAGAUAUUUUUUUGUUUCUCCACUUGUUUUUUCUAAAUCAGAUUUAUCCGGUUUGAGUGUUUUGGUGUGGUAGGGAGGCCUGAUCGGACAUAAAUAUGUGCGGUUUGAAAUAUAUCUGCAUUCGUGUCGUCGGGGCCUCAGCUUGCUUUGAUUUCCACUGGCGUCUCUGAGGUCUCCUGCAGUGAUGCCACCAAACAGUCUCUCUCUAAAAAAGAGUGACACACCUGUCCCUGAGCCUCUUUACCCGCUGAGACUCUCCAGUGGGAGGGACAAACCUCUGAAACAUAAAUCUAAACAGUCACAUAAAUCCUCUCUAUAAGAACAAUCUCUAAAGACUGUCCUGACACUCAGGUUAAUGUCUACUGCAGUAGUGCUGUAAAGCUCUACUACCUGGACGUAAACCAGUGCAGAUGAAAUUUGUCAUCUCGUCGUGCCGCCUAGUUGUCAGUGAUUUUGGUAAACAGAGAUAAAGUCGUUUAAAAGCUCAUAAAAAAGAGAGUUUUCUAACCUCCUGGUUUAUUUAUCGUCCUGACACUGGGAUUCGUUUCGGUCCAACAGCGAGCGUUUUCUUAAACUUCUUCUUCUCUCUUUUGUUUCUGACUCAGGCGUACCUGAACAGCGACGCUCUGAGUCGCUUCCCGGAAAUCGAGUUGUAUGAAGCGGUCCAGGCGUGGUUAAGACAUGACCGGCGGCGAUGGAGGCACACGGACACCAUCGUGCAGUCCAUCCGCUUCUGCCUCAUGACUCCAGCCAACAUCUUCGAGAAGGUCGGCGCUGCUCUGCGACAGAUUUCAGCCGGCCGAUGGUCCAGAUGUUCUCCAGGUUUCACCGAUCACACAUUUGUUUUCCCUCCACAGGUGAAGACGUCAGAGUUUUACCGGUACUCCAGGCAGCUGAGGCAGGAGGUCGAUCAGGCGCUCAGCUAUUUCCAUGAUGUCAACCAGCAGCCUCUGGUGGAGACGCGCUCCAACCGUAUCCGCUCCAUUCGGCCACAGACCGCCGUCUUCAGGGGAAUGAUCGGACACAGUAUGGUCAACAGCAAGAUCCUGCUGCUGCAGCGCCCAAAGGUGUUUGUAGAUGAAAACCAAAGUAGAUCAAAUCAGCUGCUGACCGUAGAUGAAGUGGGGUCUCUAAUCUAUGGUCAUAAUCUGAGGUCAGCGUCUGUCUCUGUGUCUUCACCCCUCAGGUGUGGUGGGAGCUGGAGGGACCUCAGGUGCCGUUGAGACCGGACUGUCUGGCCAUCGUCAAUAACUUUGCCUUCCUGCUGGGCGGAGAGGAGCUCGGACCAGACGGGGAGUUUCACGCCUCUUCCAAAGUCUACCGCUACGACCCCCGACAGAACUCCUGGCUGCGCAUGGCUGACAUGUCUGUGCCCAGGUGAGACAUGGCAACAGCCCGGCGUCUGUCCGUUUACAUCCACACUGAAGAAGUCGAGCUGUGGUUAUGUCCACUGUGUCUGUCCCAGUAGUAAAAUUAGGAUCAUUGACAGGCGCGUCUGCUUCAGCUGCAGCAGGUGGAAACAUUUUCCUUUCAGCUCAUCAUGACCAACAAACACACAUGAACGAGACACUGAGCGUGAAUGAUGAAGACGCUCACUUUUACAGCUCUAUUCCUUUUUUUUAACGUCUCUUCUCUGGUCAGUUUUGGUUUUCCAUCCUGCUUCUCUCAUCACAUUUUAGUUAUUCCAGUCUUGGUGUGAGAUCAUAGAUCAUCCCCAAACAUUCAGGCCAGUUUCAGUCCAACAGAAGUCCUACGUUUGGACCUCCAGCCACAUUAUCGAGGUAUUGUUGUUGACAUUUGUAUGGGGUCGGAGACAGUGCCGCUGAAAAGACCCAUAUCGCCCCCUAGUUUUGGGAAGCAGGACAUGGUCACAUCAAAAAUGUUCUUUUCUUAGCUGCAUGUCGAUGUGGAAAAAGAGAGAAGUCCGAUUCGCUGAGAAAAAACGAAUGACGAGCUUAGUCCAAUUAAGCUGCGCGUGUAAAUGUAGUGACUGAUGCCGUGAACGGAUUUUUUUCUAAAUUCGACCUUGUUUGGGGUUUUUCUCGCAGUGUUUCUCCACUUUUUUUCCACAUUAUGUUGAACACGUAUCAAUCAGGAAGGAGAUCAUUCCGGAGCGAGUCUGAAUACUCUGAACGAUGUUUUAUGGUUUCAUUGUUGUUUACAGGAAAAAUUCGUCUUUUCACGUCACCUUAUAACCAAACGUUUUCUUCCUCACUCCCCUGAUUCAUAACUGGAUUCAUGUUCAUGUUGUCUGUCGUUUGCAGGUCAGAGUUCGCUGUGGGCGUCAUCGGGAAGUUCAUUUACGCCGUAGCGGGCCGCACGCGAGACGAGACCUUCUACUCCACAGAGCGCUAUGACAUCACAGAGGACCGCUGGGAGUUUGUGGACCCGUAUCCGGUAAACAAGUACGGCCACGAGGGAACGGUCCUCAACGGUAAACUGUACAUCACCGGCGGCAUCACCUCCUCCUCCACCUCCAAACAGGUGUGCGUUUUCGAUCCUGGGCGGGAGGCGGGGGGAGGGGGCGGAGGAGGAGGAGGGGGGAGCUCGGGUGGGUCGGACGCACACAGGACACGCGCAGGCCGCGGGCCGCUGCUGCCCGGCACACACACCAGCUGCUGGGAGAACAAAUCCAAAAUGAACUACGCCCGCUGCUUCCACAAGAUGAUCUCUCAUAACGGGAAGCUGUACGUGUUCGGAGGCGUGUGCGUGAUCCUGCGCGCUUCCUUCGAGUCGCAGGGCUGCCCGUCCACCGAGGUGUACGACCCCGACACCGACGAGUGGACCAUCCUCGCCUCCAUGCCCAUCGGCCGCAGCGGCCAUGGGGUGGCGGUGUUGGACAGGCAGAUCAUGGUGCUGGGCGGCCUCUGUUACAACGGCCACUACAGUGACUCCAUCCUCACCUUCGACCCCGACGAAAACAAGUGGAAGGAGGACGAGUAUCCCAGGAUGCCUUGCAAACUGGACGGUCUGCAGGUGUGCAGUCUGCUCUUCCCAGAGUAUGUGCUUGAGCACGUGAGACGCUGCAGCUGAGGUCUGCUUUUUAUAGAAACAGGAACGCAGGAGGACUGAGGUCUCCCGCUGGGGGAUCAGGUGUUUUCAGGCGGGAGACUCACUGAGGCGCAGGCUUUGAAUCUAGAGACCAGCACUUACCCGAGGUGAGGGAGAGACGGCCGGCCGUAGAUCUGCCGUUCUCUGUGAAGGCAGGAGAAGCCCGGCGCGGUGUGUCGUCACAUGUUCAAGGUCAGCUCGGACAUUUUCAGACUUAGCUUUCUCAGAAAAAUAAGGAAAAUUUUAGCGGGAGAAAAAAAGGUUUAUGUCUGGACUAUGGUCAGUUUCCUAUUCUACUUCUCACCUACUGUAUUUAGGCUGCUGUCCAGUCCGGCUUACUGCAGAAACGCACUGGAAGCCACACAUCCAUGCAUACAAACUGACCCGAUAAUCAGACAAACCUGCAGCACAUCAGGCCUGAAACAGCUUUCUUUGACAAAAACAAAAGAUGAUCUGAGCCAAAAGAGUCUGCAGUGCUUUUAAAAAACGCCCUUUAGGAUAUCUAACAGCAGUUUAAAGCAUACGAUCAGGUAUAUGAGCAAAAUAAGAUCCUUAUAGUCGAUAGUAAGCAGAUUUUUUUAUUGGCUGUUUCCAAGUAUAAAGAGCAAAGAGAAACCUAACACGCCUGUUGAGCUCUAAACUCUCCGUUUCUGCUUCCAGUGCGUUCCAGCUUUUAGUCCUAAAUCUGCUCUUCACUCCCAGUUACCCAUCAUGCUGUACCCAUCUCCAUAAAGCAUCACUAUGUCUCUGCGUGAGUCUGGAGUAUGAAUGAGCGAGUGUUUCUGUGUGUGUGUGUGUGUGAGAGAGAGUAAAAGGAAAAAACACUACAUGGUACAAAAUACUUCAUCGGUUAUGAUGUCAUGUUAUGAUAGUGACAGGGUCAAAGGUCAAAGGAUGUCGUCUGCGUCCAUCAAGUCACUGGCAGUGCUUUACUCUCCCUCCUCUACAUUCCCUGCACUUUACCGGCUCUGUAGAGGCUCUUUGGUGUAAAUCUGCAGUUUGACAGCUGCAGUGUGACAACGUGCUGAAAUGUGUGAUAUUGAGCGGUGUCUGAAAUCAAUAAUCUGGCUGAUAAUGAAAAUUUACAGAGGAAAUGCAUUUUUCAAAAUAUGUCCAGAGUUUGUAAGUUUGGAAAUAUUCAACAGACACACAGAGCCUCAUGCAAGAUCCUCUUUUAUUUUACUCUCUUCCUUUUUUCUGCAGCUUUUCUCCUCUGAAUAUAUUCUAACCUGACAAACUUGAAGUGAAUCCCUCCUUUUCUCUGCCUGAUGAUCACCGUGUGAGACUGAAUCAUUGGUAUGAGAGAGCAUUUGAAGGCCGGUUGUUUUCCCCACUCCCGGGUAAAGUGCCAAUUUAAAAAAAAGAGACACCAAAGAAAAAAACCGAACUUAGACGACAUGGUUCUGAAAACAAAACAAAUAAAUGAAUCUGAAAAUCAGGACAUUGUUUGAAGAGGACUGAGAGGAAAUAUGAUCAACACCCCUGAAAGAUCAUGUCAGAGCGAAAGAAGCUGUGUCAGGAAUCAAGAGGAUCUAACCUGACUUAGAGCUGGUAACACAAAUAAUCAAAAUAAUAAUGGUGCAGCAAAAGGUCACAAAGCAAACAGCAAAGUCAUGAAAUCAAAAGACACAAUGAGACUUACUUUAACUGACUCUGAAAGCCAUAAAAUGUAGUAAAAUGCAUCUUAAAGGUCUAAAAAUCCUUUAAAAUGACUUUGAAAGCCAUAAAAAAGUCAUAGAAGGAGAAAAACAAAUCUGAGAAGAUUCUGUAAGGUAUAAAAUUUAUAUAGGAGGACAGUCAAAGGUGUAACAUUCAUUUUAAAAAACUCAAAAAGGAUAGAACUGAUUUAAAAGAACUUAUAAAGGCAAAGUUUGUUUGCAAGAACUCUUAAAGACAUUAUUUUUAAAAAAAAACUACAAGGGACGUAAAAUACAUUUGAAAUCAUCCGAAAUCUAUGAUACAGUUUUAAAAAAAACCUUAAAAGAUGUGAGAUUUUUGUAAAAAAAAAAAACCUAAAAGGACAAGAAAACUAUUUAAAAAGACUCUGAAAUGCAUGAGAAUUUAAAAAAGAUAAAAUGCAUUCAAAAGAAUUUCUAAGAACAUAAAAACAUUAAGAAUAACUGAAACGCAGUAAAUGACACACAAAAAGUCUUAAAAAUAUGUAAAAUCUAUUCAAAACUCUGAAUAUAUAAAAUUAUAGAGGACUUAAGAGGAAACAAAGUUCUUCUUUAAGAUCUACUUAAGAUAUAAAUUCAUUUUCAAGUCCUUCAAAUAUGAUCCAUGUGAUAAAGAGCUCAUUUCAAAGAACUUUAAAGGACGUUCAGUUUAUUAAAAAUUAAUAAACUGAAUUGAAUUUAAAAAACUCUAAAAGACACAAAAGAACUUUUAAGGACAUUAAGUUGAUUCAGCAGAGUCCUAAAAGACAUUUAAGUCAUUUUAAGGAACCAAAAGUCAUAAAAUUCUGAUGAAGAAUAUUAAAGGAAUUCAGAUUUAAGUAGAAAUUGAAACAAACUAUAAAAUAUACAUGUACAUCAAAAUGUCUAGUAUACAUGAUUAAAUAAUAAUUUUGCACUUAAGUUGUCCUUUAAGGUUUAUUACACUAUUUCUUUGCAUGGUUCUUGCAUGAGGCUCUCAAAGUGAAGUGUGUCAGCUGAUCCUCUACUUAUAUUUGUUUCUUAAAAACCCUAAAAUGUGAAUUUCAGCCUCAGCCGAGCGUGUCCAUCCACUCCGAGCUUUAGCAGCCAGCUGAUUUCAGGCACAUUUCAGUCACGUCGCUCAUGAAGCAGCUGCUGAACUCGUGUCGUCAUAUUUACUGUAGAGCUUUCAGCCUCGAUCCUGCUGCCCAGAAAUCUGUGCUCCACGUCCAGCUCCGUGUUCCUGACCUGAUGUUGAUUUUGUUUUCUGUCUCAUGAGCCGACUGUGAAAAGGGCUAGAGCUCAUUCUGAUGCAGUUGUGUGUGUCUGCAGUUAUUUAAGUUAUUUAUUUUGAAGUUUCGCUUCCACCGAGCUAUGCAGUAACAGUCGUAGGGUUUUUAUUUAUUCUGACGGGAGAGUUUCAUUUGUGAGUCGUGGCGUUUUUUUUUCGGAUUGAUCUUCGUCCUCUGUUGUCUGUCCUGUCCGCCUCAGCGGCAGCACUGUACGUGGCUAAUGAACGGAUAUUCUCAGUGAAAACAGAAAAAAUCAGAGAGAAUUUAGUCCAAACAAAAGAAGUGGAACAUUUUAAAGUAGGAGAUAGGUGUCGUUUAAAGAAGAGUCUCAAGCUUUACAUUUUCCUGUAUGCAAAUGUCAUUUUUUUAAACUCUUUUCUCAAGAGGAUCUGACUUGAAUUUCUUCCUGAAAUGAAAACCUGUUGGUAUUAUCCUUUAAGUCAUGACUUUACCUGUUUUCACGCUCAAACCUCUUGAGUCCUGAGCAGCUUUUCAGUGUUCAUGCGAUGCCACGGGGGAGGGGGGUUGUAUUUUCAAAAAUCUUACACUCGUAACUCUGGUAAGUUCGUCUACUAAUCUGAUGUUGUUUCCUAUCUUUGCACCUCCUUACAGGGGAGAACGGGUGUGUUUCUCUGUGGACGUCCUGAAGGAAUUUUUUUAUUGAUUUAUGUCCCAAAAAGUUGCAAAUUCGCAUUAGAAGUUAAAGAACCUGGUGGGUUAAACCAGCAAAAUAUAAUCAUAUAAAUAAAGGAAAAUAAACAUUAUAUUCUUUCACUUUCACCUUUUCUGUUUUUCAGGUUUGAAAUGUUGAUUUUUUUUCUGUUUAUUUUCUUGUUUUGAAGAUCUUAUAUUCCUGUUAUCGCUCAUUUUUGGACUCCUGAACUUUCAGAAGUGUCACACGUUGUAAACACAGCGAUGAUCACACUGUGAGGCAGGUAUAGCAGGGAAACAGGCCUCGAUACCUCCAUGUCCCUUCAUGUACUCCCCUGUACUCUGCAGCUGAUACCUUCAUCAUCAUAACUAUCAUCAUCAUCAUCUUCCUGUCUGCAGCCCUCUCGCUGCUCUUCCUCCUCUUGUUCCUCCUCCUCCUCUUUCUCUCAUGUUGCUGUUAAAAGAAGAAACAUGUAACCGAUAAGUACUACUGUCCUGAUUUGAGGCACAUUCAGUCAUAGCGCAGCAUCCUUUAGUCCACCAGUCUUCAGUCUGUCGGUAGGAAAACAGAAUAGAGGAUUAAAAAAGAAAACAUACCUUGCUACAACGACUGUAUCCGAAAAAGAACGUAAAAUCAGAUUAACAUAUCUUAUAAUCUGAGUAGAAACUCUUUGGAAACGAUUUGUAACUUCUUUCCAGAAAUAAAUGUUCAUAUUGGUCGACUUUCAAACGGCUUCUUGAGUGCUUUUAUACUUGUGUGUGUGUGU